CUAAACACAUUCGGAAAUGUUCAGCCAUGGGCGCCGUGUCCCGUUUUGUCGGUUUCGGCCCCAUUAAUUUGUGUUUUUCAUGGGCUUAUGGUUGAACGAAGCGAGGCAUCACGGCAUUUCCACCAUACCCCCACCAAGCGUACAAGCCAUAGGGUGGUCGGUCGGACUGUCGCCUUAGUUCUCGUAGCUUCAUAAAUAAUGCGUUAAUUUCUACUCAGCAGGAAAGGUUUAGUUGGUUCCAUCCGAACAAACCAUUUUUGAUUUUCUCUAAUCUAGUUGAAAGGCAGUUGCCUUUUUACCAACAUCCACGAUGUUCGACCCAAGUAUGCAACAGCAGCAGCCGCAGCAGCAGCCGCCGCCACAACAGCAGCAAGCACCUGGUGCUGCACAAAUGUACCAAACUGACAAAAGCAAAGAAGAUAAAGGGAAUCCUGUAGACUUUCCCUUCUGUUACAAUGUUAAUAUGGUACCAAAAGGACAGGGUGAUGACAAAGCCUGUUACAGAUUUGAUGUAGCUCAGCCAUUUGGGUACAAUUAUGCCCUUGUCAAUCAAAUGUCGUUAGCAGCAGCUGCAUCUACUGCUACGUUCAAAUGUGAUGUGUGUGGACUGGUGUUUGGCCAUUUAACGCUACUCAAUCACCACAAGCGCAUUCACACUGCCAACGCAAAUCCUGCUGCAGCUGCUGCUCCUGGUAACUCACAGGUCGUCAAUUCUGCUCAACAACCAUCUGCUGGAUCUGUUGACAGACAACAACACACCUGUGAUAUUUGCGGUGCGGUAUUUAGCAUGCCUGGUGAACUCAAAGCCCACAAGAAUCAGAUGCACAAGGCUCCUGCUGCGCCAAAGUGCUGUAAUUCCUGUGGUGUGGAAGUGCCUUGUGACCAGCAUAAUAAAAAGAAGGGAAAAUUUGUCAAAUGUGGAAGUUGUCUGGAGUCUGCCGCCCAGCAGCAGCAGCAGCAACAGCAACCUGUCUUUCCUGGAAAUGGUACAGCUGAAAAUUCUGGUGGAGAGGCCUCUGAGGUCUCAUCAGCAAAACCUGGCCAUCAUCCUGUGAAGCGCAGGGGUAUGGCAACUGUGACCAAGUGUCAGAAAUGUAAUGGAUCCGGCAUCAUUUUCGUUGGUGGUGCAAGGAGCCAUGCGGUGGACAAACCAUUCCACUGUAACGUGUGUGACGGCACCUUCAGUCGCUACUCAUCUCUGUGGAGCCACAAACGCUUACAUUCUGGUGACAAGCCAUUUAAAUGUGAAAUUUGUGGCCUUGCCUUCGCCAAAGCCGCCUACCUCAAGAAUCAUGGGAGGGUUCAUACAGGUGAAAAACCUUAUAAAUGUGGAGUGUGUGGAAUGCAGUUCUCUCAGAGUCCACAUUUGAAAAAUCAUGAAAGAAUUCAUAGUGGUGAACGCCCAUAUCAGUGUGAGGUUUGUGACAAAGUGUUUGCACGUCAUUCUACUUUAUGGAACCAUCGACGUAUUCAUACAGGGGAAAAACCCUACCGAUGUGAAAUUUGUGGAUCGUCAUUCAAUCAAGCCACACAUCUCAAAAACCACAACAAGGUGCACACUGGAGAAAAGCCUCAUCGCUGCGAUAUUUGUGAUGUUGCUUUCUCUGAUCGAUUUGCCCUGAAGAGGCACCGUGGCAUCCAUGAAAAGUACGGCCGCACGGCCCCAAGCACCCCUAGUACCACACCUAAUGGUACACCCCAACAACAACUGCAAUCCACUGAUCAGCAGGCUCAACCUGAGCAAGUAAUGGAACAGUUAUACAAAUGUGAAGUUCAGGUCUAGAUUUUGAUCCAGGACAUUUUGUAAUAAGGAAAACAGGAUUUCCACUUUUAGCCAUAAUUAUGGAACGCCAUACCUCUGCAGGCUCAAACAUACACUUUAUUUGUCGCCCUCUGUGCACUGUUAAGAAGUGUGCUGUGACUGCUGCUGAUAGACAAUGUCCUCAUAGAAAUGGGUGUUGAUGAUUGUCCAAGGAAAGCAAUUUUGGUUAAUGGUGUAUAUGGAAGGUUCUGAACUAUUGUCACAGUGGACUGUGAUAUCAUUAUCAGAUUACUGAUUUAUUUGUAACCAUGGGACAGAUAAUAAGCUCUGGAAUGUAAAUUGAUACAUUACCUGUUGGUCCAAUAAACAUUGGUUCAUAUUUUAUACUAAGAGUCUCUUUUAAAGUGUAAUAUAAUGGAUUGCAUUCAUGUUUGUUAAAGAUGUGAAACCAUGCCACUUCAAUUGGCUUCUUUGAAUAAAAUCUGUUGCACUCAUGUUGCUUCUUUUGCAUUUUAACUGCAGUUUGAGGACAUUGUUGACCACUUAUUUUGAACUAUGGAUUCCAAGGUUUGCGAAGUUUCAGCCUAGAAUAAUUUCUGGAAUAGAGAUGAGUGAAGAGAGGAUUUCCCUCCAAAUCUUGCCACUAUGAUUUCUCCACUAUCUUAUUGCCUGUAGAGUGCUAAUUCAGAUUUUUAUUUUAUUAUUUAUUGAACUCUAUUUAAUUAUUAAGGUUUUAUGCAUAGUAUUGAGAGUUAAUUUUUGUGUCUUGCACAAAGAAAGAUAUAGUAUUUUACGUGUGAAACAUAAAACUAUUAAUUUUCAAACAUUUAACUGGUUGAUUUGUCUGCUUGAUGGACUCAGAGCCAGUUAAAUUCUAGCUUUAGGUAGAUGCAAUGCACAGAAAUACCAGCACCCAUAUGCUCUUUAUAGGAUUAAAAUUACCCCCUCAGCAUGCAAAGAUAUUUGCAAUGAAAUUUGUGGGUAAUGUGAUAAUUCACCCUUUCUUCUUUGAGCUUCACAUUGUGACUGAAUAUGUCUUUCCAUUGUUUUUCGUUUUUAAGUGUAUUUGUAUGGAACUUCUUUAAAGAGCUUAUCUGCUGUUGAUUAUUUUUAACUAGGGCAAAACGUCCUAGCAUACCUUGAGCAGUUAAUGAUUUUCUUUUCCUCAAUUUUAUACUAUACAAUGAGGUUGUUAUGCCUCUAUCUUGAUUUGAAACGGCAUUUGGAUCUUAUUUGGUGUAUUCUUUAUCUCAUAUUGAUCUUGAUGCUGAGCACAGUUCUUUUCAUUGCGUGGUUAGUGUCUGUCUGAGUAACUUCUGUAUUGAUUGUUCUCACAAUUGUGCUGCCAAUGAAUGUUGGCUGAUAACUAGCAAUAGUUUUAGUGUUCUUUUAUUUGGUUUCUUUUGUUUUUAAGGACAGUUCAAUGUCCUGAUUAGUGUACACAAACCAUAUCCUUCAGUAACUAUGUUUUAUCAUCAAUCAUUUGGGGAUUGUAUGCAAUAGUCUGUUGUAUUGCUGACUUUAAAGCACGGUAGACUGCUCAUAAGCUUGGUGUGCAGAGGGCAAUAGAUAAGUGGUUUGCAAUGUGUUUGCUUUCAGAUUCGCAGUGUAUUUAUUCUGUUGUAUAAACAAUAUUGUGCAAUAUUAACAGUUGUUGGCUAUGGCUCCUACAGAGCAGUGUGUUAAGAAAACAGUUUAUAUUUUGUACAAAGCAUCACUAAGAUCUCUAAAUAUCGCUGUUUUAAAAGAAGGCAUCUGUAUAUAAGUAAGACACUCCCCUCCCAAGUAAGAAAUAAGUAUAAACCUUAUGUUAUUAUGCUAUGUACAUUUGAUUUUUAUCUAGUGAUGGACAUAUAUAGGCCAGUUGUACUAAUGAUGAAUCACAGACAUAAAAUCUCUAUCAAAUUCUUCCUGUGUAAUGUCCUUAAAUUAAAAAAUUGAUAAAUAAACGAGUUUGUUAUAAGUA